AUGGACGACGAGGAGAAGGCCCUCGUCGCCCGGGGCAAGCGCAAGCUGCUCCAGGUGAAGAUCGCGAACCUGAGCGCGCUCAUGUUGAAGGUCGGCCCGGAGCCGGGGCCCUACGGCAGCGCGUCCAAGGUCACGGACGAGAUGAAGCGCUUCGCCGAGGAGUGCAUCGCCGAGCCCACGAGCCUCGCGCGGUUCCUGAAACGGCCCGAGCUGCCCGCGCUCCGCGCGUCGGGCGACCUGCGGUGGCGCGCGUUCGUCGACGGCGUCCGCGACGUCGGCAUCGUCGGCGUCGGCCCCCACGCCCAGUGCCACGCCAUCAUGGGCACGGUGGCCGCCAUCUGCCGCAAGAUGCGCGACGACCCCUACCGGCCGCCGCCGCCGCGGAAGGAGGGCCGCGCGUUCGCCCGGGACACGGCCGAGACGCGGACGCCCGCGACGGCGGGCCUCUUCUCCAAGGAGGCGACGCGCCUCGCCCGGGAGAAGCGCGACGCGAAGCGCGCCGCGUUCGCCGCGAAGCGCGCGCUCGAGGCCGCGGAGGACGCGGCGCGCGAGGCCGCGUACGCCGCGGCGGACGCCCGGGAGCUCGAGGCGGACCGUGCGGCCGCCGACGACGCCGCCGCGGCGGCGGCGGCGGCGCUCGACCGCCCCGAGGUCGUCGACGUCACGGGCGACGUCGUCGACGGCGCGGACGCGGCGAGCUUCUUCUCGACGUGGGGCGUGAGCUGGCGGACGCACGAGUCCGCGCUGUCGGACAUGUACUCCGCGCAGAAGUCGCUGACCUUUUUGGUGGCGUCGUCGCCCUCGAAGAUCUGGAGGAAGAUCUCCGUGUCGUCGACGGUGACGGGCAUGUUGACGAGGAGCUUGGGCGCCGCCGGCGGCUCGGGCGCCGCGGCCUUCUCCGGCUCGGCCUUGGGCGCCGCGGGCGUCUCGCGCUUCGUCUCGAUGAUGUCGGGCAUGCUGAAGGCGUCGGCCAUCGUCACUAAGGUCGUGCGCGCGUGCGUCAAGGAGAGCCUCCAGCCGAAGAUGGCCCACGAGGGCAAGAUGUACUACACGGUCAUCAAGUACGCCGAGGGCGCCAAGGAGACGUCCCGGGAAAGCUUCGGCCCCCUCAUCGCGCGCGCCAUGCCGCGGCGGCGCAAGUCCCUGGCGACGGCCUGGCGCGACAACUGCGCCAAGGCCGACGAGGCGCCGACGAACUCCGUCCGCCAGUCGGCGCGGGACCUCUUCCGCGCGGCGAGCUCGGCGCGCGCGUCCAUGACGCUGCGGCGGCCGAAGCAGCGCGUCGGCGAGGCCCACGACAAGACCUUCGAGGAGGGCGGCGUCGCGCGGUGGAAGCUCAAGGAGUGGCUCCUGGGCCACGGCCUCGGGCAGUUCGUGCUCCUCUUCGUCGUCGCGUGCGGUCUGGUGCUCAGCGGCGCGGCGGCGUGGAUCGGCACGGGCGCGGCCAAGACCUCCGACUACAACAUGAGCUUCCGCGACGCCGUCUGGUUCUCCUGGGGCGUCUUCUUCGACCCGGGCACGCAGACGGGCCUCGCCGGCGACGAGCGGCUCGCGCCCAAGGUCGUCGCGGUCGUCUUCUCCAUUUUAGGGUUCGUCUUCAACCUCGUGCUCCUGGGCCUCAUCGUGGAGCGCGUGCGGCUGAUCAUGGCGACCUGGGUCCAGCGCUACGGGAAGACCGUGGUCACGGGCCACAUCUUGGUGCUGGGCUGGACGGACCGGACGCUCUUCCUGUUGGGCGAGAUCGCGGAGAUGGCCCAGUCCCACGCCGAGGGCUGGGACCGGGAGGUCAUCGUGGUGCUGGGCGAGCUCGACGAGCGGACCAUGCGCGGGGAGAUCGUCCAGGCGUUCCCGAGUUGGGGCCGCGCGUUCCCGAACGUGGAUGUGGUGUGUCGCGAGGGCAAGUCCUUCGAGGUCGAGGACCUGGCCAAGGUGAGCGCCCAGGCCGCGGCGACGAUCAUCUCGCCGCGCGACGCGGACGCGCAGACCGUGUCGACGGUUCUAGCGCUCCGCGCGAUGGCCGCGGCGCCGCAGUCCGCGCUCCUCGCCGAGCUGCGCCUCUCGCAGUCGACGCACGUCUUCCAUCGCCUGGGCGGCGAGCGGCGGUUGGUGCCCAUCCUAGCGGCGACGCUCGUGGACGCGGUCCUCGUGCGCUGCGCGCUCGCGCCCGCCGUCGGGGCCGUGUGCCUCGAUUUGUUGAGCUUCAAGGGCAACGACGUCGAGGUCGUCGACGCCGCGCUCGCCGGCGUCGAGGGCCUGUGCUUCGGCGAGGUGCGGCGGCGCUUCGAGGACGCCGUCGUGCUGGGGCUGGCGCCGGACGGCGCGACGCACGUCGUGUUGGCGCCGUCCGACGACGUGCGGGUCCGCGCGGGCGACGGCUUGGUGGCCGUGGCCCACGACGCGUCCUUCGCGGACGCGAAGAAGCGGCCCCCCGACAAGGGCGGGAGCAAGGUCGCGCCGGCCGACGACUGCAAGGCCUCGGCGCCGGAGGACGGCGCGGACAUCGUGCUGGAGCCGACGAAGCGGGUGCUGGACGUCGCGCUCGUCGGCUGGAACGCGCGCGUGGGCCCGCUCUGCCGCGAGAUCGACCGCCACGUCGGCGCCGGCAGCCGCGUGCUCAUCCUGUCCGAGAAGCGCCUCGAGGAGCGGCGCGUGCUCCUCGAGGAGGAGGGGCUCGCGCUCGACGGGUCCAAGCUCGCGAUCGUCGAGGAGCCGGGUCUGGCGAACGCGACGCUGGAGCACCUCGUGGGCUUCCCGACGGACAAGACGCAGCUCAAGCGCCUACCCCUCACGAGGCUCGAGGCCGCCAUCGUCAUGGCCGACGAGGCGAGCGACAAGCGCGCGACGGGCGGCUCCGAGCUCCAGCUCCAGGACUCGGAGACGGUGACGUCGACGGUGCUGCUCCGGGACCUCCACGAGCGCCUCGUCAAGCACGGCCUCGCGACGAACACGCUGACCAUCGUGCCCCAGCUGCUCGACAUCCUGACGGCGCGCGUCUUCGCGACGAACGCGGACAUCCUCGAGGAGCGCGCGGAGACGACGUACGACUCGUCGGACAGCGAGGACGACUACGAGCGGUUGCCGGACGCCAAGCCCGACGCGACCUUCGCGCCCAUCGGCAAGACGCUCAUCGUGCACCGCAACUUCCUGGAGACCGCGGCGCUGACGUCGUCCGCGCUGUCCGAGUUCGGCGUGCAGACGAUCCGCGCGCUCCUGGGCCUCGACUUCCGGCUCGGCCGCCACGCCGUCGGCGAGCCCUGCCUGCGGGCCCUGGACGCGGCGGACGUCCUCGGCGAGCGCGUCGCGUCCUACGGCGACGCGGCGGACGCGGUCCGCCGGCGCACGGGCGGCGUGCUGCUGGGCUGGUCGCGGCUCCGGCGCGGCCCGCCGCGCUUCGACCGCGACGUCGCCUACGACCCGCCCGUCGUGAACCCGACGGCCAAGGGCGAGCCCCUGCCCUGGCAGCGGGGCGACGGCCUCAUCGUCGCGCUGCCCCCGUCGACGUACCGGCGCCAGAGCCUCGCCGCGCGCGCCAAGUUCAAGGCCGUCCGCGCCUUCUCCAAGGGCCUGCUGCUGCCCUAA